GUGAAGAAGAAACACUACAUUUGACAUUUGAUUUGACAAACACAGACAGAAACGUCAGUCGGCUAAAUACUUGUUACUUGCAGUUUUUCGUAUUUCAAACAUUUAUUAAUUAUAUCUAUAAUAAUUUCAAUAAUUUAUACCUUUAUUUGUAAUUUAUUUUAAGAUGUUUCUUACGAGAAGUGAAUACGAUAGAGGAGUAAAUACUUUUUCUCCAGAAGGGCGAUUAUUUCAAGUCGAAUAUGCCAUUGAAGCGAUUAAACUGGGAUCAACCGCUAUUGGAAUAUGCACAAGCGAGGGUGUCGUUUUAGCAGUUGAAAAACGUAUAACUUCCCCUCUGAUGGAACCCACUACUAUCGAGAAGAUUGUAGAAGUCGACAAACAUAUUGGAUGUGCUGUUUCAGGUCUUAUGGCAGAUUCACGUACCAUGAUCGACAGAGCUAGAAUAGAAUGCCAAAACCACUGGUUCGUUUACAAUGAAAAUAUCAGUAUCGAAUCAUGUGCACAGGGUGUUUCAAAUUUAGCAAUCCAGUUUGGCGAUUCAGAUGAUGACGGUGCUGCAAUGUCCAGACCAUUCGGUGUGGCAAUCUUGUUUGCUGGUAUUGACGAGAAAGGACCUCAGCUAUACCAUAUGGAUCCAUCUGGUACUUUUGUUCAGUUUGAUGCAAAAGCCAUCGGGUCCGGUUCAGAAGGGGCGCAACAGAGUCUACAAGAAGUAUACCAUCGCAGUAUGACUCUAGAGGAAGCGACGACUGCAGCGUUGACCAUUCUCAAGCAGGUUAUGGAAGAAAAAUUGAAUUCUGCUAAUGUAGAAGUUAUGACAAUGACUCCAAAAGACUUUUUCCACAUGUUUACUAAGGAUCAAGUGGAAGAGUCACUAAAAGGUAUGGAAAAAAUAGAGCCUGAACAUCAACGAAGCAGCUUAGAAAGUGGUUACAAAAAAUCACCUAGCAUCAUGUAAUCAGAAAAUAUUAUAAUUUGUUUAGCAAAAUGUCCACAAAAUAACAUUUACAGCAUCUUUCAAAUUUUGACUAAAAAUAAGUUAUUAGCAAACCGUGAUAAAGGUAUAAUGACUUACAUACCUUACAAAAAAAAUUGCAAGAAAAGUAACGGUUAUUAACGAAAUAUUCAUAUUUAUGAAAACCUUAUUUCUCUGUGUUCUUUAAGUUUCUUAAUAAAAGUUCAGAUACUGUAAAAAAAUUGAAUUAGAGGACAUUUUGUACACUUGAUAGCUUUUGACUUUACUUUGACAAUUUUUUUUUUUUCGAUCAAUAAAGAGUUUUUGA